UUCGUUGAAAUAAUUUUCGUAACAACGAUCACACUCGUUUGUGUAUUGCGAAGACGGGAGGACGUACGUCGGCGUCGUCGGUCCACGGUAAAAGCGAAUUAAAACGAAAAGCGUAAAGCGGAAAGAGCGCUAAAACAAGCGAGCAACCGAAAACAGAACAAAAUCAUAACCAAAGUGGCGUUUAUUUUCGUUUAAUUUUUUUUUUUUUCCUGUUUUAAAAAAACAACAAAAGAAUAAAAAAAAAGCGCGCCAAUUAAUGAGUGAAAGAGUUUCAAGACAAACUAAAAAUUAAUUUUGAAAAAAAUAAAUAAUAACAAAUAAAUGUCGGCUCGAAUUGUGAAUAAAAUAAUUUUAUUUUUUUGCCUACACCCCCAUGCUGCAGCCAUGCAGUCACCGUUUCUUUGUCCAACCAGCCUGAAAUGACCAAAUUGGCUAACCAAAACAAACUGUGAAAAGAGAGCAAAGAGAGAGAGAGAGUCUAAGAGAGAUUAAGGAUAAGCCCGAGAAAGAGAGAGGCUAUUGAAACCAAACAAGUGAAAGAGUGACAGCAAGACAGAAAGAGAGCAAGAGCGCCUGUGAGAGCAGAGAGAGAGAGCGCUGAGAUGGCCAGCGAGGAUGUGCAGAUCACGAGCGUCAUCGAUGCCAAUGGGCAGCAGUUACCGCUCCACGGUACCGGUCUGGGCGGCCCCCUGGCACCGCCCGUCAAACAGGAGCGUCCGGACGACGCCGAGAUCCGUGAACUGGCCGCCAAAAUGAAGGAACAACAGAAGCAACAGGCCGCCCAGCAGGCAUCCCGCCUAGCUGCCGCCUCCAUGCAACAUUCAAAUGCCGGCACCGCCAACGGCGGUCAAAUGCAACCGCCCAUCACUAACGGCAAUGGCCAGACGAACAUCAUGUCAUAUUUGUCCCGCCACCAGAAACUCCCCAACGGUACUAUGCAGGUGGUUCCGGCCCUCUCCGCCAAUUCAUCAUCGUCCUCGAAUGGCCGUUCCAACGGGGCCAUCAAUAACGAUGGUUCCGGUUCGGAGAAGAAGGGUUCCGGCCCCUGUGACGAGGAGUCUGUUAAUGGACACUUUGGCUGGGCGUCCUUUGGGAAAGUGUCCAUUCCGUAUAUAUAUCGGCAAUCGGAGAAAUAUUGCUCCGUCCGGAUGAUUGAACUGAAGCUGCUCGGCAAAUACCUAAACUGCCUGCAUCCGGACAUCUAUUCCAGUUGCACCUGCGUACGCAGCUACUACAUUACGGACGCCGAGGCUCGUCUCUUCAUCGAGAUCAAUCAUAAGCACUGUGAUGGAGAGUUCGGAAGGGAUAUCUUCACGCAGAAAGAUCUGGUGGUGCGACUGAGUGAUGCCUCCAAGUUCUAUCAGUUCUUGGAUAUUUGUUAUCGGAAACUGGUAACCGGCAGCAAGACACCGUCCGAGAAGUGCGGCUUCAUUAGGAUCAACAAGGAAUCGGUGGUGCCGUAUACGGUUCGUAACAAUCAGCAGGUGGUUCCUCUCUUCUACUUCGAGGGUGAAACGGAGAACCUGAAGACCAAGGCGGAGUUGCUUAACGGCUGGGAUCUGGCGUAUUUGAAGUUCUGCUGCAAGGUCCAGGGCAUCCGGAACGAGCUAUUCUCCAGCGAAAACGUGGCCGUCAUCUCGCUGACGGACAUCAAGAGCUAUUUCCCCAAUGGCACCGAGUUCGAGGACUACUGGCCCAGUAAGGUGGUCGACUCUAAUCUCCUGAUCGGCAAUCGGGCGAAUGUCACAAAUUCCGUGAACUGGACACGCCAACCCUCGGCCCCACCGCCAAAAGUAUCCUCCGGCUCGAGUUCCGGAUCGGGUUCUGGGAUCGGGUCCUCAUCCUCGGGUAGUGGUGGAGGCGGCGGUUCUGGUAGCAGCCAGGUCUCAUCCAAGGCACAGCAUGCCUCGGCCGUGUCGGCAGCGGCCGCCCAGCAGCAGCAUCUCAUGAAGCAGCGAGCGGCGGCCGUGGCGGCGAACGCCAAUGGAGUGGCGAAUGCGAAUAGCUUUGGAGCCUCACAGGCGGCAGCGGCAGCGGCGGCGGCCUUCAACUCCCAGGCAGCAGCGGCGGCAGUGGCCUCGGCGGCGAUGCUCCAACAGACCCAGGGCACCAAUCGGAUGCUCUCCCAGGCCACGGUCCAGGCCUUGGCCAACAGUGGCUGGAUGUCCGGCCAGAACAACCUGCAGCUUCACGCCCAGAUGAUGGCCCAACAGACGCACGCAAAUGCCAACCGCGUGGGAAGCUAUCGGGAGCACAUGAACAACCUGAUGAUGAGCGGCAGCAGCCGGCAGCCGUACUCCUACAACAAUCCCGCGAUCUCCAUGUCCUCGGUGAACAGUCAUAGUGGCGGCGGUGGCAAUGCCCCACCGCCCCUUGUCCGUUCGGCGGCUGGCCAGAAUGCCAAUCAUAUGUCGAAUGUCGAGCAGACACUGGUGCAACAGCAACAACAACAACAACAACAACGCACAUUUAACAGCCAUGCCACACAACAACAACAACAACACCAUAACCAAAGCAAAAACAACAACAACAAUAGCAACAACAACAACAACAACAAUGCCUCAGCAGCCGCCGUGGCAGCAGCAGCAGGAUACGUCCAGGCACUGCUAGGAGGAGGAGGCGGAGGAGGUGGUGGAGGAUCAGGAACACCCGGAUCCGGCGGAGUGGGCGUGGUGGCGGGAGGUUCCAGCCUACAAGGAGGCGGAGGAGGAGGAGGAGGGAAUGCCUUCAACUACAACCUGCCCUCCACCCGAGCGGAUUACACCAAUCUGGCAUUGUGGAAUCAACUGACACCCGCCCAGAGGUUGCUCUUCAGUCAGCAGCUCAAGGGUGUGGCGGGAGGAGUACCAGCUGGAGGGGGAGGAGGUGGAGGAGGUGGCUCUGUAGGAGGAGGCUCCACCGUAGGAGGCCCUAAUGCCACCACCCAUUCCAGUGGAGGAUCAAAAAACUUUCCAGCUUUGCCUUCCCUGCCUUUGGAUACGGAUCUGAUAACCAUGUUGGACUACAAUAAUCCCAACAAGAAAAAGGCAGUAGGAGGAUCAGCUGGAGGAGCAGGAUCUGUUGGAGGAUCCACCGGAGGAGGUACAUUUACGAAACCCAAUGUCCCACCCCUAAUCCCCGAUGGCGGAGCUGAAAUAAGUCUGACCAAGACCAGUCGAAGAUCAGGAGCCAGCGAGGCAUCCUCUCAAGGAAAUGGUAGUGGCACCACCAUACCCCUUAACUCCACCCAGGCCCUCGAGGAUUUUGAAAAGAAAUUCACCGUGAUGACGGAUGAAAUGCGAGCUGUGAUCCAGAAGGUACUGGCCAAUCCGGAUCUCUCCACCUUCAUCCAGACGAACUCCGGGAAUCAGAGCCACCAUCAGAAUGCCAAUCAUCUUGGUUCGUCGUACAUCUCACCGCCGAUGUCACCGGCGGUGGGUGUUAUUGGUGGUGGUCCUGGCGGAUUGGUUUCGAACAACAAUGUGGCCACUCUGACCUUGGCCUCCAAUCCGAAUGUGACGAUAACCCCACAGCUGCCAGGACACUUUCUCCAUUCGCCGUCCAGUUCAUGUUCCAGUUCCAGUGCCUCCAAUACAGCGGCAUCUCCACUGGGGAAUGGCAGUAGCAACAGUGGGAGUGGUGGUUCUGGGAUGUCCUCUAACGGAUUAUUGGGAGGAUCACUUGGUUCUGGAACGGGAACGGGAUCGGGAUCGGGAACAGGAUCAAGUGGGCGACAAAAGAGUGUCAUUUGUUCCACAAAAAGUAAUAAUCUACCGAUGGCCAUACUAACAUUGGCUAAUAAUUCUGGUCGGGAUCAGGUCAGGGGUAGGGGUGGUUACCACCACCAACAGCAACAACAACAACAUCAUCUUGGGGGUCAACGUCAGUCACACAGCCAUCACAACCAUCAUAGCAAUAUUAGCAAUAACAAUAGCCUUAAUAGUAAUAAUAAUAAUAAUAGCAAUAGUAGCCAACAUCCGGCAGCCACUGAUGUUAUCGAUUUGUCCUCCUCCCGAAGGUCCUUGGCCGCCUCGGCCGCCUACUUGCAGCAACAGUCGGCGGUUGCCGCCCAGCAGCAACAUCAGGCCGCCGCCGCGGUUGCCCAACAUCAGCGCCUGGCCGCCGUAGCCGCCCAUCAUGCCCAACAGAAUGGCAGGAGUGGCGGUAGUGGUGGUGGUGGUAAUAACUCCACCAGCAAUUCCGGCAAUUCAUCAUCCUCCGGUGGUAAUUCAAAUUCAUCUGGUAGUGGCAACAACAACACCUCAUCCGGCGGCAACAAUAAUUCUGGAAGUAAUUCUGGUAGCAACAGUUCUGGUGGUCCUGGUGGAGGUGCUGGAUCGGCGAAUAGUGCGUCCAUGAAUUUGCAGCGACAUGCCGCCAUGGUGCAUGCCCAGGCGGCGGCGGCCAGUGCCUCGGAUAGUGCCCAGAGGCUAUGUGUUAUACCGGAGAUACCCACCAAUAAUAUGAAUAUGACGCCGUACAAGGUGCAGAGGGUGUGCGUCGAUAAGCAUCUGGUGCCGUGCAUCAAUAUGAAGGCAUAUAAUGAUUCCGAGCAGCUGAUGACCCUCAUUGAGUUCCAGAAGAACUUUUUUCCGUCAGUGCCGUUGGAUCAUUGCAAGCGUCUGAUUGAGGCGCUCGGAGUGGAGCUCUACAAGGCGAAUAGACGACAGGUGCAAAUCCUAAUGGAGUACGAUCGUGGUUAUAAUGAGAAUAUGCCGCUGGUACAGGUCCGGGACAUCAUCAAGUAUAUGACACAGUUGACGUUCAUGACGCGCGAACAGCCGCCGGCUAAGAGGACGCGAACGAGCUAGGAAUUAAGCUGGGGAGCACAACAUUUGCCACCAACAACAACAACAACAAUAAUAACACCAACAAAAACAAUAACAUCAGCAACAACAACAUCAACAUCAUCAAAGGCAGAAAUAAGAAUCAAAGAAGAUAAAACAGAAGUAGCAACAACAAGAGGAGGAGGAGGAGGAGGAGGAUCAGGACUAGGAGGAGUAACUUCUGGUAGAAGACGCGCCCUAACACCGCCACCGAAUCUAAGUGGAGAAAUGAGUCGGCGUAGGGGGGGGACAUUAGCUCCACCGCCAGCACCAGCACCAGCACCACCACCAACACCACCACCAACACCAACAUCAACAACACCAUCACCAGGACAAGCAACAUCAACACACAACAGCAGCAACACAUACGAAAUGUUGUACUCCCACAACCAAGCACACCCGCAACACCACCAGCAGCAGCAGCAACAUCAUGAGCAGCAACGCCUACAGAAGAAGCGACAACAUGCCGAGAACAAAAGCAACACAUCCUCCACCAGCAGCAGCAGCAGCAGCAGCACCUCGAAAACGGCUGCCCAAAAGAUGGCCGAAGCAGAGCAUGCCUAUUUGUCCAAUUUGUAUGGCAAGGCGGCUGCUAGUAUGUUGAGUCCACCUUUAGGAGAUUGGAGCCACGACCAGCAGCAGCAACAUCAGCAACAGCAACAGCAGCAACAGCAGCAACAGAGGCAGCAACGGAGGGCAGCAGCUAUGGCGCAACAGGUGCCACCACAAAGGCACAUAAUGCAUCGGCGGCAUAGUGUGUGUGCGGCGGGAUUGGCCAGCUUGUCAUCAGCCACGUCCAGUGGCCAUCAUCCAACUGGGGCGGGAGGAGCAGCCGCCACAUCGCCAACAUCGGCGGCAGCAGCUGCUCUAGCGGCAGCUUCCUAUUACGGCAGUGCGGCAGCAGCUGCAGCGGCAGCAUUUACGGCUCCAUACCACCACCCGCACCACCAUCCUGCAGGACAUCAUCACCAGCAGCAGCAGCAGCAGGCGCAGCAGCAGCAACAGGCACAGCAGCAACAUCAGCAACAGCAACAGGCGGCACUGCAUCAUCCUUUGGCUCCCGGCGGGCAUCAUCAUGCCGCUGCAGCAGCCGCCGCAGCUGCCGCCGCCCAUCACCACCACCACCAUCAUGCUGCAGCAGCGGCAGCAGCAGCAGCCGCAGCAGCAGCAGCAGCGGCAGCAGCCGCCCAUCAUCAUACGCAUGGCGGGCAGCCAUCACCGACGAUAUAUCCGCCAACACCGCCGCCAUCGGCACCGUGGGUGCAUCCCUGGUAUGCGGGGGAUGCGGCCUUCUGAAGGUCAUCGGUGGUACGCCAGGGGUACAGCAGCAGCAGCAGCAGCCGCAGCAGCAGCAGCAGCGGGGGUGGCAAGGUCAAGGGCAAGGUCAAGGCCACAAAACCAUUGUAAAGUAGAAAGUUUUUUUUUUUUUUAUCGCUAGACUUGUAAGACUAUUUAUUAACAAAAAGAGGUCGUGUUAAAUAUAUAUAUAUAUUUUUUUUUUUUGAAAGUGCCGCCAUAGGAGCUGGACACUAGGGGGCGGGGGAGGGCAGGGGCGGGGGCAUAGAGGGGGGGUAUGUAAUUUUUUAAGUAGGCUAACUAAAACAAUUUCUGGGCAUUAUAUGCCGUCUAAACAAUAAUCAAUAAUAUGACUUAAAAAAUAAUUAAAAAGAAAAAAAAACAGCUGCUUGGAUUUCGUUUUUUGGACAAAAAAUUAAAAAAGAAAAAUAAAAAUAAUUAAAACAAAAAAAAAAACUACAAACAACAGCAACUCAAAGAACUGAUUAAGAUUUAUUAUCAAAAAAAAAAAAAACUAAAAACUAGAAACAAAAUUAAUGAAAAAAAAGAAUGAAAGAAAAAUGAUAUAAUUUUUUUUUAAUUUUCUUAAAUUUAAUUUUCGAUUAAUUACAAAAUGAAACAAACAACAAACAGUCUUUUUCUAGCAAUAUUUACAUACACUAACAGAUAUACAUAUAUACAGAUAUACAUGUUAUAUGCUAUAUGCUAUAUACAUAUGUAAUAUAUAAUCCGUAAGAGAUCGGCCGAUAUAUAAUCUAUAUAUUGCGAGAGCAGGAAAUUUAAUUUCUUGCAUAAAAAACUUACAUCAAAAAAGAGAGAGAGAAGAUGAGAGAAAUCUUAAAUUAAAAUUUAAAUUAAAAACAAACUAUUUCAAAAGUGAGUCAAAAAAAAAAAACAAACACUUUUUUUGUAAGCUAGUUAAAAAAUAAAAAAUAAAACAAAAAUUAUCAUUCGAGCAGCAGCAAAAAAAAAGAAAUGCAUAAAAAAUCCUAAGAAACUUCUUUCCAAAAUCUUUAAAAAUAAAAAAUAACAAAACUAUGAAAACAUAAAUCUAUAAAUAGUAAGCUAAAAAAAACUCAAACAAAAAAAUAAGAAAAUAAGUAAAUGAGUAAAAAAAAAACCGAAAACUAUGUUAAAAACAUACAAAAAACUAAAGUUUAAAAUGCAACAUAUAAAAAAUAAAAUAAUUAAAUAAUACAAGAAAUGAAAGAAGAAGAAUACGAUGUUAUAUACGAUGUAUGUAUAUCGAAAUAUAUAUGUAUGUAUGUGUAUGAAAUACUUGAAGAAAUAUCCGUUUUAUGGAUUUAAUUAAUAUUUUUUUUUUAUUAUUAUUACUUUAUAAAUAAUAUGACAAAAAACAGAAAACAUAAAUAUUUAUUUUUUUCUUUAAAUUUGAUUUUCAACCAAAACCCCCGAUAUUGUUGAUUUUAUUUUAUUUUUUCCAUAAAUAUAUAUAUAACUUUCUCCACCAAGAAGCUCAAUAAAUCAUUAUAAUUAAUUAUUAUUUUUAACGCUGUUAUUUAAAUUACAAAAUUACAAAAUUACAUAAUUCGGGCGACUUGUUUUUAAACGAAUUUUAGUUGUAAGUCCCGAAAGAAGAAGAAACAAACAAAAGAAUGGAAAAAAAACAAACAGACAUUAAGCAAACAAGUUUAUAAUUAUCAUUAUUAAUUAAUUGUUAGUUGAAGAAGCCGUCAAAGUAUUUAUCAAAGUGUGUUUUCAUUUUUGCCAGUGCAGCAUCAAAACUAAAACAUAACAGAAAAUAAAGAAAUGAAGCAACCCUAAAAUGGAAAUUA